ACAGAAGACUUUAUGCUGUUUUCAUCAUGUGGAUUCACUAGAGAAAUGACCCCUUUUGAUCAGCCAAGUAAAAUCAAAAACUUGUUUAUUUGCUGCCUGUGGCCCUCACGGCUGCUGAGGCUCUGGACUUGCAGGCGCCCGAGGACAAGGAGGAAUCUGCUAGUGGGCACUGCCUGUGUGAUCUACCUGGGAUUCCUUGUCAGCCAAGUGGGUCAUGUUUUACCGCAGCACAAAGGAGGACAUGGAAAGAUCAGUUCCAGGAGUCUCCAAGAUGCAGCUCAAACUCCUUUUCUGGGCAUCCCACUGGAUGGCACCCUGUCACCACCCAAUUUCCAGGAACCCCAGCUUGGUAGCAAUGGGACCUUGCUGCCACCCAAUGUAGUUUAUAUCACCCUGCGGUCCAAGCGCAGCAAGCCUGCCAACAUCAGAGGCACAGUGAAGCCAAAGCGCAGGAAGAAAAAUGCAAUCCCUUUGUCCUAUGGGCAGCACUUUCCAAAAGCCACUUUUAUGGGCUGGGAAGAGGCCUUUGCCCAACAGCCAGGACGGGCCACACGUGCCGCAGGCACAAAGGGAGCAGCAAUCUCUCUGGAGGCAAGAAAGUACCAACUGGAUGAACACGGGCAUAAAGGAAUGGCUAUCAGGGACAGAGGUCACCAGGGACCUGGGAGGAUUUCUGGAGCUGUAAAGGCACAGCUCCAGCCUGAGGAAAGCAAUAUCAGGAUUUAUAGCGAGAGCCCUCCCUCAUGGAUGAGCAAAGAUGACAUCCUAAACAUGCGCAUGCUGGCAGACUCUCCCAUAGGGAGCAUUCAAGAAGUUCCUUCACACAAAGCAGUCCUGGCAGUAUUUGCAAGAGGUCCCAGCACUACGGGAACUGCUUGUAAUCAGGGACACUGUGGAAUUGUCAAAAGACCUCUUGACAUGAGUGAGGUGUUUGCCUUUCAUUUGGACAGGAUCUUGGGGCUAAACAGGAGCUUACCUUCUGUAAGCAGGAGAUCAGAGUUCUUCCAAGGUGGUCAGGCCUGUCCUGUUAUUCUCUGGGAUUCCUCACUGAGUCCAACAGAUAAUAGUACCCAUUCUUCAGUGAGGUUAACAUGGGGACAAUAUCAGCAGCUAUUGAAGAAGAAAUGCUGGCAGAAUGGUAAAGUUCCCAAAGCUGAGUGGGGCUGUACUGAAAUUCAUCAUCAUGAAUGGUCCAAGAUGGCACUCUUUGAUUUUCUGUUGCAGAUCUAUAAUCGACUAGACAGAAAUUGUUGUGGAUUCAAACCUCUCAAGGAGGAUUCCUGCAUGCAACAAGGACUGAAGCUGAAAUGCAAUGAUCAGGAUGCUGUUGACCUGACACACAUUGUUCAGAGAAGGCAUGACCAAAGGCACUUGGUCUUUAUAGACAAUAAGGGUUUCUUUGACAGAAAUGAGGACAAUCUUGACUUCAAAAUACUACAAGGAAUCAAUGAAUUCCCCGCAUCUGCAGUUUCAGUGCUGAGGAGCCAGCGUUUACGUGAGAAGUUGCUCCAGUCUUUGUUCCUUGACAAAAUAUACUGGGAGAGCCAAGGAGGCAGAAAAGGAAUUGAAAAGCUUAUUGAUGUAAUAGAAAGGAGGUCCAAAAUUCUUCUUACUUAUAUAAAUGCACAUGGAGCCAAAGUAUUGCCCAUGAAUGAAUGAAAUAGUCUUGUUUCCAUCUGAAAGAAAGUCUUUAAAAAUGUUUUAUGGGGCAGAAACUGACAAUAAAAUUGAUUUAAUUCAUAGUA